AUGGGCUCUGCCGAGCAGCAGAGGGUAGCCAUCCUUACGGGUGCAGCCACCGGAAUGGGCCAUGGAGUUGCGGUAGAUCUUAGUAGAAAAGGCUGGAAGGUCGCUAUUCUCGACUACAACGAGCAACAGGGGAAAGCUGCCGCAGCAGAGAUCAACGCCGAUUUCUAUCUUGUCGACGUGAGGUCUUGGAAGCAGCAAUAUGAGGCCUUUGCCGCGGUGAUCAAAGAGUAUGGCCGAGUAGACUUUGUUUUCGGAAAUGCUGGCAGGUCUGACACGGUGGACCAUUUCGAUUUGGAAAACACAACCAUUGACCCAACGAAGCCUCCAAAUCUAGAGGUGCUCGACAUAAAUCUCUAUGGCGCAAGUUACACCACCAUUCUCGCCUUACAUGCUUUCCAUCGCAACCCACCUGCGGUGAAGGAUUGCCUGCUUGUUCUUACAUCCAGCGGUGCCGGCCUAUAUCCUGCUGGAGUACAACCCCUCUAUGGAGCGGCUAAGCACGGCAUCAUUGGCCUCGCUCGAAGUGUAGCGUGGCGUUACAAAAACAGCAGAAUCAGGUCAUGUGCAUUGGUACCUGGUCUGGUACCUACACCCAUUAUGCCUCAAUCAAUCAUCGAACGGCAGGAUAAGGAUACCAUAACCCCGGUGUCACACAUUGUGACGGCAGUCAACGAUAUGAUCGACAGCCGACGAAAUGGUGCCACCUGUGAAGCUAGCGUCAAUCAGCUGUUCUAUCGUGACCCUCCAGAGUAUCCAGAUGCUGCACAACGGAAGGUUAUGGAGGAAGUAUGCGACUCGAUGGCAGAAGACUUCAAGAGACUCCGGGAAUCAACAGCCGCCAAGUAG